CGCGGGCGUUGCUGGCGGGGGGCGGCGCAGCCACUGGACCCGGACCGGGGCCGCGACCCGGGGCAGCGGGCGGCGUGGGCGGCGCCCGGGGCUGGGAUGCGCCGGGGGCUCAGUGGCGGCGGCGGCGUUGGCGGUGGCGUCGGCGGUUGCAGGGGGACGAGCUAGCGCCGCGGCGCUGGGAGCCAGUUGAGCCCGGCCGGCGAGCGGAGGCGGCGGCGCAGGCAGAGCGGCGGCGGCAGCGGGAGCCCGAGCGCCGCGCGCCCACCAUGGCCGCCCAGGGAGAGCCCGGCUACCUGGCGGCGCAGUCGGACCCCGGCUCCAACAGCGAGCGCAGCACUGACUCCCCAAUGCCCGGCUCCGAGGACGACUUGGUCGCCGGGGCGACCCUGCACAGCCCGGAGUGGAGCGAGGAGCGCUUCCGCGUGGACAGGAAGAAACUUGAGGCCAUGUUACAAGCUGCUGCUGAAGGGAAAGGCAGAAGUGGGGAAGACUUUUUUCAAAAGAUCAUGGAGGAAACAAAUACGCAGAUUGCUUGGCCGUCAAAACUGAAGAUCGGAGCCAAAUCCAAGAAAGAUCCCCAUAUUAAGGUUUCUGGAAAGAAAGAAGAUGUUAAAGAAGCCAAGGAAAUGAUCAUGUCUGUCUUAGACACAAAAAGCAAUCGAGUCACUUUGAAGAUGGAUGUUUCACACACAGAACAUUCACAUGUAAUCGGCAAAGGUGGCAACAAUAUUAAAAAAGUGAUGGAAGAAACUGGAUGCCAUAUCCACUUUCCAGAUUCCAACAGGAAUAACCAAGCAGAAAAAAGCAACCAGGUAUCUAUAGCGGGACAACCAGCAGGAGUAGAAUCUGCCCGAGUGAGAAUUCGGGAGCUGCUUCCUUUGGUGCUGAUGUUUGAGCUACCAAUUGCUGGAAUUCUUCAACCAGUUCCUGAUCCUAACUCCCCCUCUAUUCAGCAUAUAUCACAAACGUACAAUAUUUCAGUAUCAUUUAAACAGCGUUCCCGAAUGUAUGGUGCUACUGUCAUAGUACGAGGAUCUCAGAAUAACACUAGUGCUGUGAAGGAAGGAACUGCCAUGCUUUUAGAACAUCUUGCUGGGAGCUUAGCAUCAGCUAUUCCUGUGAGCACACAACUAGAUAUUGCAGCUCAACAUCAUCUCUUUAUGAUGGGUCGAAAUGGGAGCAACAUCAAACAUAUCAUGCAGAGAACAGGUGCUCAGAUCCACUUUCCUGAUCCCAGUAAUCCACAAAAGAAAUCCACCGUCUACCUCCAGGGCACUAUUGAGUCUGUCUGUCUUGCAAGGCAAUAUCUCAUGGGUUGUCUUCCUCUUGUGUUGAUGUUUGAUAUGAAGGAAGAAAUUGAAGUAGAUCCACAGUUCAUUGCACAGUUGAUGGAACAGCUUGAUGUCUUCAUCAGUAUUAAACCAAAGCCCAAACAGCCAAGCAAGUCUGUGAUUGUGAAAAGUGUUGAGCGAAAUGCCUUAAAUAUGUAUGAAGCAAGGAAAUGUCUCCUCGGACUUGAAAGCAGUGGGGUUACCAUAGCAACCAGUCCAUCCCCAGCAUCCUGCCCUGCCGGCCUGGCAUGUCCCAGCCUGGAUAUCUUAGCUUCAGCAGGCCUUGGACUCACUGGACUAGGUCUUUUGGGACCCACCACCUUAUCUCUGAACACUUCAACAACCCCAAACUCACUCUUGAAUGCUCUUAAUAGCUCAGUCAGUCCUUUGCAAAGUCCAAGUUCUGGUACACCUAGCCCCACAUUAUGGGCUCCCCCACUUGCUAAUACUUCAAGUGCUACAGGUUUUUCUGCUAUACCACACCUUAUGAUUCCAUCUACUGCCCAAGCCACAUUAACUAAUAUUUUGUUGUCUGGAGUGCCCACCUAUGGGCACACAGCUCCAUCUCCCCCUCCUGGCUUGACUCCUGUUGAUGUCCAUAUCAACAGUAUGCAGACCGAAGGCAAAAAAAUCUCUGCUGCUUUAAAUGGACAUGCACAGUCUCCAAAUAUAAAAUAUGGUGCAAUAUCCACUUCCUCACUUGGAGAAAAAGUGCUGAGUGCAAAUCACAGUGGUCCAUCCAUCCAGACAAGUGGGUCUGAGCAGACAUCUCCCAAAUCAAGCCCCACUGAAGGUUGUAAUGAUGCUUUUGUUGAAGUAGGCAUGCCUCGAAGUCCUUCCCAUUCUGGGAAUGCUGGUGACUUGAAACAGAUGAUGUGUUCCUCCAAGGUUUCCUGUGCCAAAAGGCAGACAGUGGAACUAUUGCAAGGCACGAAAAACUCACACUUACACAGCACUGACAGGUUGCUCUCAGACCCUGAACUGAGUGCUACCGAAAGCCCUUUGGCUGACAAGAAAGCUCCAGGAAGUGAGCGCGCUGCAGAGAGGGCAGCAGCUGCCCAGCAAAACUCCGAAAGGGCCCACCUUGCCCCACGGUCAUCAUAUGUCAACAUGCAGGCAUUUGACUAUGAACAGAAGAAGCUAUUAGCCACCAAAGCUAUGUUAAAGAAACCAGUGGUGACGGAGGUCAGAACGCCCACAAAUACCUGGAGUGGUCUGGGUUUUUCUAAAUCCAUGCCAGCUGAAACUAUCAAGGAGUUGAGAAGGGCCAAUCAUGUGUCCUAUAAGCCCACAAUGACAACCACUUACGAGGGCUCAUCAAUGUCCCUUUCACGGUCCAACAGUCGCGAGCACUUGGGAGGUGGAAGUGAAUCUGAUAACUGGAGAGACCGAAAUGGAAUCGGACCUGGAAGUCAUAGUGAAUUUGCAGCUUCUAUUGGCAGCCCUAAGCGUAAACAAAACAAAUCAACGGAACACUAUCUCAGCAGUAGCAAUUACAUGGACUGCAUUUCCUCGCUGACAGGAAGCAAUGGCUGUAACCUAAAUAGCUCUUUCAAAGGCUCUGACCUCCCUGAGCUCUUCAGCAAACUGGGCCUGGGCAAAUACACAGAUGUCUUCCAGCAACAAGAGAUCGAUCUUCAGACAUUCCUCACUCUCACAGAUCAGGAUCUGAAGGAGCUGGGAAUAACUACUUUUGGUGCCAGGAGGAAAAUGCUGCUUGCAAUUUCAGAACUAAAUAAAAACCGAAGAAAGCUUUUUGAAUCGCCAAAUGCACGCACCUCUUUCCUGGAAGGUGGAGCGAGUGGAAGGCUACCCCGUCAGUAUCACUCAGACAUUGCUAGUGUCAGUGGCCGCUGGUAGCAGCGCCCUCUUGGCACAUGCCCGCUGACUAACUGUAAAGUGGACACAGGAGAUGUGUGAACAGCCUUCACAGCACACUGUCCUCAGCACUCUGGGUGUCUGGUAUCAGGACCAAAGCAUCUUAUUCGCACCUGUACUUUAUGGCAAAAAGGAAGAAAAGAGAGAUGUUCUUGUGAUGUCAUGCAGAACACCAAAUGUGGAUUACCUUUUUAAAAUGGCAGUUGGACAGAAUUUGCAAUAUGAGGAUAGGGCUUUAUUUCCCGUUUUUAUUUACCUAUAUAACAUAUGCACUGAUUUUUUUUUUUUUUUUUUUUUUUUUUUUUUUUUUACUUAAAAUGAAGGAUGAAUUGACAUCUGGGAUGCCAGAGAACUUAGAAGUUAUUUUGUUUGCUUGUUUUGUUUUGGUAUUUGGGGAUUUUUAGAAAAUAAUCAAAGUGGAAUUUUCUGGUACUGCUUUAAAAUAAUUAUUGCGGUCUUUCAGCACUUUACACGUUCUAAUUUCUUGUCCUGUGGAAAUUCUUCCUGUCUCCAUCUCUCUCAUUUUCAUGUCACCUACAUGUUGGUACAGAUCAGAGUUAGUCACAUUUUUCUGACUGCAUCAAACUUAUUUGAAAUGGUACUGGAUCUUAGUUUCUGUGCAGAAUUUUCUGUGACUUUGGGAAACUUAAGUGACUCCGCUUGCUUCAGGACCAAUUCUGUUUCAUGUAUGUUAGCAUCCUAGAAACACCUAGCAAUGGACCUAAUUCACAGUAAUAGGUGCAAAGAAAGACCAAAUGGACUUUGCAGUAUUAACCCUUUGCAGUCAUCAUACUUAGCUGCUGCCUGUAAUGCUAAAAUGAUUUUAAUGGUUGUCUGGAAGCAAAGGGCUGUUUUUUAGUAUAUUGCCACUAAAGGACAUUUAUUUAUAUCAAACUUUUAUUUUUAGAUAUUAUAAGCAUACAGUACAUAAUUGAUGAAAUUGAUAUUUACUAGAGAUUUAUGGUAGAGAAUGGACAACAUUCAAUAACUGGAGCCCUAGAUUGUCACUUUAUUUAAAAAGACAAAUAAUCAUCUGACAAGACAGCACUGUUGCCAUUAUGAAGAGAAAUAGAUUACAAUCCUUAUCAUGUACACGUUAGCUAUGUUCCGUAUGGCCACAGGACUUUCCUAAAACCCUAUCUGUCUGCUUGAAGUAGACUUACGUUUGUUGAGAAUGAACAGGCUUAUUUGAAGCCUCCAGGGUGACAGUUCAUAAAGACAGCUAAGUUCUGAAGGAAAAACAAAAGAUAUUUUUUUAAGUGGCUAGAGUCAUUAUUACAAUCUUAUACUGUGAAAGUCCAAGAAAUCAGGCAACAUUGUUUCCUGGGUCUUUUCAGAGAUCUUAUAGAUUUAUGAAAUGUUUUUAAUCCAUGAAGAAAAUCACUAAAGUGCCUUUCUUUCUUCAAAGCAAUAUUAUUUCCAAGUAUAUUAAUUUGUUAGAAAACUUUCCCAUAGGAAAUGUUGUCAGUUACCUGUACUGUAAAGAGUUAUUUAUGUCCAGUAGUCAAGAUUUUCUACAUGGACAUGAGCCACUCUCACGUGCUCUCAGCAGAAGGCAUUAGAUAAGCAUAUACGAGAGUUGGGUACUUUUAUAUAAAUAUGGGAUAAGAAAUACUUGCCUGACACUUUUCCAUGGCUGAGUCUGACCAUUACAGUAAGAACAGGAAUUGAAGAGGCAUUUUGCACACAGAAAAUUUUUCACUUUCAAAUAUGGUAUUUGUUACCUUGAAGGCAUAGAUAAUAGGCCUGUCAUAAAAUUAUCAAUUAUAACUGGCACUGAGGGACUGCCCUUUUUAAAUUAAACUAAGCCUUAUCUGCUUAAGGAUGUUGAACUGAAUCACUCCCUUUACUCAUCCUGUGCAUAUGUGUACAAACGGUCUUGUGGAUCAUGUGAUGAUCAUCCAUCUUAUUUGAUUGUAUUAAUGCAUCAUGCUAAACAUUUAACACAGGUUAACAAUACCAGAUUUGUGUCCUGUUCAACAACUCAGUACUCUAAAUGUUGUUUUUAAUAAGACCUUCCCAGAUAAUAAUCAUUUGGAGCUCUUUUCCCAGCUCUCUACCAUGCAUUUGCAACAGGAGGAAGAUAGAAUGAAUAUGCAGUAUUAAGUUGAUUUAUGAACAGUGCUUUGAUAUUCCAAAGGGGAAACUGUCCCACUUAAAUUAGAUUAAGUAGGGUGGCUAAAAAUAAAUAAAAACACUGGAAAUUAUUUCUCUCACUUUCUCUUGAUGCAAUGAAGGGAAUAUGACACUACAGUAUACAGAGUUGUUAUAUGAUGCACAAAAUAUUUUGAUGAUUUGAAUAAAUGUUAACUUUUAAUCUGCGCCUUAAUAAUGACUGGUUAUCUGUAAAUAUAGAACAGAUACAGAUUGUAUUUUUCUGUGGGUUUUUGUCCUUUUAGUGAUUUUUUUCCAAAAAUGAGAGAUGGAAUUAACAUUGAAAAUGGGAAUUUUUUCUAACCGAAUCAAUUGUUACAUGAAAAAUAAAUUUAUAUAACCCUUUGUAUUGCUCUUGCUA